CGAAUCAUUUUCAAGACAGAUGAUUUCUGCUGCCGUGAAAGAAAGGAGGAGGUGACCGGUGUUCGCACCAAAGGAGCUCAUGUCCGUACAAGUUCUCCAAGAUGACCCGAUGGACGCCACGGCGGUGGCGAGUCGAGAGGCGCAGAGGCACCGGCUCUGUCUUUCGAGCAAUCAAGGCUCUGUCACUCCUAGUCGCAUUGCUUACAGUUGUUUUCUGGACGCAUGCUUUUUAUCGAUUUUCCGGUAUUACCGAUCAAAACUGGGAAGAAGCUGACGCUAUAUUUACGCCAGCUACAAAGACGGAUUCCACAAUCGCUGCCGCGCAGGUACGCGUCACAUUAAACACCUCUCCCCGUGGGAAAUCGCUUCACGAAGUUAUCUUGCCAUCGCCAGCAUCGAAGCCACAGCUGCGCGAAACAUUCAAGGAGCAACCGAUGAGUUCUGGUGACUGGGUGUCCACCGACACUUACCUUAGAACAAAACUAAAGCUGUUCUUGUACUCUGCGUACUUAGACAACCGCCUCGCCGUGCCCGUGGUUCGGGUUAUAGGCGCAUACGCCAGCGUAAACGGUGCUCAAGUUUCCUGCAGGCUAGAGUAUGCCAGUGGGGAAGCGAGUGUGGUCGCCGCCACGAAGAAGACCAUUAAUGAGAACUGGAAGCUCAAGUAUGGUGCGGCCUUCUUCUUGUGUCCUUAUUCCGACGACUCAGACAAUCCGCCACCGGUUCGCGUGCGACUCAAGGAGACUUACGAACUGCAGUGGAGUCCUUCAAUACCAAUAUGGCCCCUAGAGACAAGACCUGGUGAAGCGACUGGGCGUUUUGCGGUCUGCGUGAAGCCCCUGCACUACAAGUAUGACAGAGUGUCGUGGCUGGCAGAGUUUGUAGAGUUCAACAGAAUCGUUGGCGUAGAUCGUUUCUUCUUCUACAAUCACAGUAUAGGAAGCAACGUAGACAGACUGUUGCGUGUGUACAUGGAAAAAGGUGUCGUCACGAGCCUUCCGUGGAACCUAGACAUCAAGUCACAGAAGGAGAUCCGCACCGAAGGCCUGUUCGCAGCUCUCAAUGACUGCGUGUACCGCAGCAUGAACCAUUUCGACUACGUCCUCGUCCUUGACUUGGAUGAAUUUGCCGUUCCUCGGAAGGACGACAGUCUACCUGCAAUGGUGACCAGACUGAAACGCGCUGCGCCACGCACCAUGAGUUACGUGCUUUUGAACAGCUUCUUUUACCUCUACUGGGAAAACGACACUACUGCCUACGGAGCCCUGCCAGAGACUGCUCCUCUGGAGAUUCCAUAUCUGCUUACCCAGUUCAAGACUCGCCGGUCAAAAAAAGUGUUCCGAGUUGGAUCGCGCUCCAAGUACAUCGUACGUCCGGUGGCGGCUGUUGAAGUGGGGAACCACGUCGUCUGGAGAUACCUUGUGCUCGAUCUGUUCUUCAUCGUCAUCCAGGUGGUCGUCACCAGGCAACACAACGUGUGUCACCAGAAGAUGCCCUGCUACAACCACUAUCGCAUCUGUGAGUUCGGAGGCUUCGACUGUAUCAAGCAACCUUCGAUAGUGGAUCGCUCGGCCCUGCGCUUCAACACCUCACUGCUCGAGCGUGUGAACAGCGUCUGCGCACAGGCUUUCCCGGAUGUUGGACGCUGUCCUAAAGCUCCAGGCCUAGGAAGCCCUUGGUGACCGUUGCCGAAGUGGAGAGAUCUCUAUGGUCGAGAACGUGUUCGAGAACCAAUAGCGUUUUCUGUAUACCGAGAGUUGCAGCGUAUAGAAAAAGAAGGUGGUUGUGAAGCGCAGAGUUACUAAUUAUAAAGAUGUAGAUUGGUGGUGCAGUAAUUUGUUUUUGCCAUUGGGGCCCACAUUUGCCUCCUCAGAAGUGACCACAUUGAAAAAAAAAUGUUCGAGCGAAUCUAACGCACAGGAUUUGCAAUUGUCCAUAGGUGAUUGUUGAUCUAAUGUGACGAAAUUGCAGUCAGGCUGACACUACUGCUUGGCUCACAACUUCAGAAAUUAGAAGCGCCUCACUUUUGCAACCUGCCCGUAUAUAAGAGCGGUUGGAAGAAUCCUUUAUCUUACUAUGCCCACUUUCUUGCUGCUGUCCUACGAUGAUUUUCUGUGCAAAAUAACGAAGGAACAGCUGCAUAAGAAAUUCACACCCUUUUUUGGUCCUGAGAGCUGCACAUAAUAAUUGCACUACCUGUUGCACGGGAAGGUGACAUUGCAAAAAAAACGUUGAAAUGUUAGUUAGGUCACAUAAGUUAUUUACUUUUGUCAGUAUUAGUAUGAGGAGAAAAAGGUUUAAAGAUAAAGGCGAUCGCUGGCGAUCUUUGUGUCCUUAUUCAAGAUAAUGGCACGGAAAAUUUUCUUCUUUGAUUCCGGUUAAACCAUUUUACGUAUGCCUGUGUACCACACGUGCCCAGAAGCAUGCAUUAGCGACUGAAUUGAUUUAGUGAAAUUACCUGAAAUAUUGGGAUAACCUUAAAGGUACCCCCCAGCACCUUCUUUAGCAAGCAUAUAGAAGAUUCACUAAAGGCAUU